UCGUACAGACCAAGACCAGAAAUAAGCUAGCUAGUCUUCCGGUCAGCUCCCUAUAUUAAAGCUUUUUUUACAGGUUCAUCUUCUCUAGAUCGAAGCAAAUGUCGCUAGUGCAACGCAGCGGCAGGGCGGCUGUUCUCGUCGCCACAUUCGCAGCACUCGCGCUGCUCUCGUGCCAUCGACCUUGCGGCACAGGACAGUGGUACGGCACUGCCAGCUACUACACUCCCCCUUAUGAACGUAAGCUUCCUAUUUACUUUCCACAUCGAUCAGCAACUUUCUCAUCGUCGUCGCGCACGAGACAUGCGAAUUUUUUCAAUAACUCGAGCUAUUGUUAACCAGCGUCAGCGUGCUACGGGUUCGAGGAGCAGAGCGGGAUGUUUGCGGCAGCAAGCGAGACGUACCUGUGGGAAGGCGGCAGUGCCUGCGGGAAGUCCUACAGGGUGAGAUGCAUGAGCGGGACGAACGACGGCGUCGACGUGCCUUGCAAGGAUGGCCAGACCGUGACGGUGAGGAUUGUCGACAUGUGCCCGGCCAACAGCUGCCAAGCGACCAUCGAUCUGUCGAACGAAGCUUUCGCGCAGAUCGCCGACCCCAAGGAAGGCAUCAUCAACAUCUAUUUUGAAGAGUACGUACAAAACUAACAUAUAGACAUGAUAUGCAGUUACCUCAAAGCUCAAACGAGGGCAUGGUGGGUGAUGC